AGAACGACAGCAACAUGAACAUUGUGAAAAUACUAGACUAAUAUUCCCAAUCUAUAUUUUAAUUACAGGCUACAAGAAGAACAUGGGAUAUAUGGCAAACUUGUUUAUGGCAAACUUGUUUUCCAAAUUCAUCUAACUCUUCUGUCCUAUCUAAACAGUGCCCUUUUAACGUGGUUGCCUUCCCUCUUCGUAUUCCCGGAGAGGUGGUUGAAGUAGGUUGUCAUACCGGCACAGGUUUUGCUCUUUUAGGCGUUGACGUGCGGAGUUCCCUGUUUUCCUUUCAUCGCUACGGUCUCCCACUGCUGGCUCGACACCGGGGAGGGGAGAGAUUAUAACGAGUAGACUACAAUCAUGGAACUAUCUAGGAAGAAUGACAGACAAAGGCGCGAAGGCAAUAAAAACUCUAAGGUUACCAACACCAGAAAGCCACCGGUGGCUACCUUCAUCUCAAUUGGCAUCCUUUGCAUGAAAGUUAUUUGCAUCCAGGCUGCAACCAUCCAGUUCACCAAGGAGCCCAAAUCCCAGGAUGCAUUACACGGCCGCAGCGCCAUGCUCCGCUGUGAGGUCAGCGACCCGGCAGAUAUCCAGUAUGGUUGGCUACACAACGGUCAGCCCCUGGACGACACUGAGAGGCGCUUCCGCGAGGGCAGCAACCUCAAGUUCACGACCGUGGACCGGAGACUGGAUGCCGGCAACUUUGAGUGCGUGGCCGCCAACACAGUCACAGGAGAGGAGGUCCACUCUACUAACGCCUCCUUCAACAUCAAGUGGUUGGAAAGUGGGGGUGUGACCCUGAAGGAGCCAGCCACGGAGAUCGAGAGCUCUGCACCAGUGAUGUUGCGAUGCCACAUUGACGGACACCCGCGGCCCACUUGCCAGUGGUUCCGAGAUGGGGUGAGGCUGACAGAAAAGACCCAUCAGAUCAACAACAAGGAGCACACCGUCACCUUCAAGAGCGCCAGCCCCGACGACAACGGCCUGUACUACUGCUGUGCCAAGAGUGCAGCCGGCCAUGUGUGCAGCAACACCAACUUCACCCUCAACAUUAUAGAUAAGAGUUUCCCUCAGCCAGUAGUGACCCCAGAGGACCAGGUGGUCCUGAAGAAUGAGGAAGCUGUCUUCCACUGUCAGUUCACUGCUGUCCCAGAGCCCACUGUGGAGUGGUACCACGACACUGAACUCCUCACCAACAAGUCCCGAGUGAUCCUGUACACCAACGGCACCCUGCUCAUCACCCAGGUGAAGCACAGAAACACUGGCCCCUACAGGUGUGUGGGCAGAGGGCCCCGGGGCCCCGACGUCACGCUGGAGGCCUCCCUCCUCAUAGCAGAGAUCGAGGACAUGUCCCCCAGACAGUCCCGGGUCUUCACAGCAGACACAAUGCAGCGUGUGUCCUGUCGGGCCCCGCAUGGAAAGCCCCAGCCCGAGGUGUGGUGGGAGCGGGAAGGGGUGCGCGUCCCCACGGAGGGCCGGGUGUACCAGGAGGGGAGUGAGCUGGUCUUCAGCCCCACCGAGCAGGGCGACUCGGGCUCCUACACCUGCGUGGCCCAGAACAAGGCGGGCCGCAAGACCCAGGACCUGACCUUCACAGUGGCCACUGCCCCAGUGUGGGUAACCAAGCCCCAGGACAGCUACCUGGAGGAGGGAAGACCAGGCUACCUCCACUGCCACGCCCAGGCUACCCCUGAGCCUGAGGUCACCUGGCUCCGAAACAACAUUAUAGUCAUGCCUGAGGACUCACGCUUUACAGUGUUCCCCAAUGGUACCCUGCGCAUCAACAAUGUGGAGGUGUAUGAUGGUCAGAUGUAUGGCUGUGAGAGCAAGACAGAGGGAGGCAGGCUGUCUGGACACGCCAGAGUCUAUGUACUGGAGAAGCUGAAGUUCACCCCUACGCCCCAACCGUCCCAGUGCCUGGAGCUGGACAAGGAGGUCAACAUCCAGUGUUCUGCUACAGGCAGAGAGACCCCCAUCAUCAAAUGGACCAAAGCAGACAGUGGAGAGCUGCCUCCUCAUGUAGAGAUGAGGAACGGCCAGCUCCACUUCCCCAAAGUGACGCGCAGCGACGCAGGAAAUUACACCUGUAUCGCCUCCAACAACCUACAGGGGGAGAUCAGGGCCGUGGUCAGCCUCACUGUGGCAGUGUAUAUCACCUUCAAGCUGGAGCCAGAGUACACCACAGUCUACCAGGGCCACACAGCCAUCCUACACUGCCAGGCCACAGCAGACCCUGAGCCCCACAUCCAGUGGAUGGUUAAGGACAAGGUGCUGGACACCAGCAGGAGAAGGUUCCAGAUAAUGCCCAAUGACUCUCUGGUGAUAACUGAUGUCACCACGGACGACACAGGCAAGUACACCUGCAUUGCCGGAAACAGCUGCAGCAUCAGUGACUGCGUGGCACAGCUCUAUGUAGUGGAGAAACCGGUGCAGACAUUGGUGGAUCAUGAGGAGAAGGCACCCUAUAAAAUGAUCCAGACUAUAGGUCUGUCUGUGGGGGCAGCCGUGGCCUACAUCAUAGUGGUGCUGGGCCUCAUGUUCUACUGCAAGAAGAGACGUAACGCCAAGAGACUGCAGAAGGGCCAGCAGGGAGAGGAGCCUGAGAUGGAGUGUCUUAACGGAGGAGCUGUGCAGCAGAACGGCCACACCACAGCUGAGAUCCAGGAAGAGGUGGCUCUGACCAGCGUGGGCACCACGGCAGCAGCAGAGAAACGCCAUAGCAGUGCCAAUGAUAAGCUUCACUUCCCCAGGGCAGACCUACACACCAUCACUACACUGGGGAAGGGGGAGUUUGGCGAGGUGCUGCUGGCCAAGGCGAAGGCCAUCGAGGAGGGCGAGGAGGAGACGGUGGUGCUGGUGAAGAGCCUGCAGAGCAGAGACGAGAAGCUGCAGUUAGACUUCCGCCGCGAGGCCGACAUGUUCUCCAAGCUGAGCCACGACAACGUGGUGCGACUGCUGGGACUGUGUAGGGAGGCUGAGCCCCACUAUAUGAUCCUGGAGUACUAUGACCUGGGAGAUCUGAAACAGUUCUUGAGAAUCUACAAAAGCAAAGAUGAGAAAAUCAAGUCUCAACCUAUCAGCACCAAGACCAAAGUAUCCAUCUGUGUCCAGGUGGCUUAUGGGAUGGAGCAUAUGUCCAAUCACCGCUUUGUCCACAAGGACCUGGCUGCCCGUAACUGCCUGAUCAGCGGCCAACGCAGCGUCAAAAUCUCAGCUCUCAGCCUCAGCAAGGACGUUUACAACAAUGAGUACUACCACUACCAGCAGGUGUGGAUCCCCCUGCGCUGGCUCCCGGCCGAGUCUGUGUUUGAGGAUGACUUCUCCACCAAGUCAGACAUCUGGGCCUUCGGGGUGCUCAUGUGGGAGGUGUUCAGCCACGGGAAACUGCCAUACACCAAACUCAGUGAUGACGAGGUGCUGGAAGGUCUUCAGGCAGGCAAUAUUAAGCUGCCCAUGCCCUACGGCUGCCCCUCCAAAGUCUACAAGCUCAUGUGCCGCUGCUGGGCCCCCAGUCUCAAAGAGCGCCCCUCCUUCAGCGAGGUCGUCAACGCCCUGGAGGAGCUGCCCUCAGACAGCAAAGUCUGAGAGGAGGAAAACUGACCCCACCCCACCUCCAGGGGUGACAUCUGCCCCCCACCCCCUCCCAAAUGAACACAGAAAUGCUGGAUUCUGAGUCACACACAUUUCAGGGACGAGGGGGGUGGCGAGGAGUUAUUAUUUCUAAGGACGUGUGGAUAAGAAGAAGAAGAUAAUACUUUUUUAUACCCUUGCAUGUGUGUAGAUGGUUUCAUGUGAGGAGGAGUGCCAGGAGUUUACAUUUGCCUUAAUUGCAGCAUGGAAGGCAUGCCCACUGACACUGUCCCUCUUGGCUCAUGUGGUUUUACUGUACCCAUGCCUGGCAUGGGUCUCUCAGGGGGUGUCCCAGAUAUGCUCUCCCUCUCCUCUAUGACCCUGCAGCACAGGAACCAUAAGUACUACAGUGCCUCUACUUGCCUACCUGGACCUCAAUCUACCAACCCUUAAAUCCCCACAACUAAUCCAGGAGGAGAAUUUAAGAUAUUUUUGUCCAGCAGGGGGCACUUUGUGUAUGUGUCGCACUGGACUCACCACCUGAAUGCUGUAUGUACAGUACCAUGAAAACGUAUGUGCCCCCUUUAUAAUUUUCUCUACUUUUACAUAUAUAUAUAUAUAUAUUUAUUUAUUAUAUA